ACGCGCCGCACGCUGACUUAAAGUGUCGUAAAAACGCAUGACAAACUCAUGAAAUAGUGGCGUCGCCGGCUGUUUUUUUCUCUCCUCCUCGUCGUGCGGGAGGCUAACGUGUUUGUGUCGGUGUGCGAAGAGGACGGGCCAACCUCUCACUUCAGCAUGGCGGGAGCGGACGAAUUUAUGAAGUAUCGUUCGCCACUGGUGUCAAGAUAUGCCAGCAAGGAAAUGGCCUACAACUUCAGUGACAGGAAGAAAUUCACAACGUGGAGGAAGCUGUGGAUCUACCUCGCCAAAGCUGAGAAGGCUUUGGGUCUGCCCAUCACAGAUGAGCAAAUCACAGAGAUGGAGAGUCACGCGGAGGACAUCGACUUCGCCAUGGCAGCGGAGGAGGAGCGUAAACUCCGGCAUGACGUCAUGGCUCACGUGCACACUUUCGCACACUCCUGCCCUGCCGCGGCCCCCAUCAUCCACCUGGGAGCCACCUCCUGCUACGUGGGAGACAACACGGAUCUGAUUAUGCUGCAUGAUGGAUUUGACAUUCUCUUACCCAAGCUGGCCAGAGUCAUUAACAGACUGGCAAACUUUGCAGAGGAAUAUUCAGACCUGCCCACGCUGGGCUUCACACACUACCAGCCGGCCCAGUUGACCACGGUUGGAAAGCGAGCGUGCUUGUGGCUGCAGGACUUGGCCAUGGACAUGAGGAACCUGCAGCGGGCACGCGAUGACCUGCGUUUCCGUGGGGUCAAGGGGACCACCGGCACUCAAGCUAGUUUCCUGCAGCUCUUUCAGGGAGACCAUGACAAGGUAGAAGACCUGGACAGAAUGGUUACCGAGAUGGCUGGCUUCAAAAAAGCCUACCUGGUGACUGGUCAGACAUACAGUCGUAAAGUGGACGUUGACAGUCUGUCCAGUCUUGCCAGUUUGGGAGCCACUGUCCAUAAAAUUUGUACCGACAUCCGCCUGCUGGCCAACCUGAAGGAGAUUGAGGAGCCUUUUGAGAAGGACCAGAUUGGUUCUAGUGCCAUGGCGUACAAGAGGAACCCAAUGCGUGCUGAGCGGUGCUGUAGCCUUGCCCGACAUUUGGUGGCGCUGAUGGCCAACCCUUUGCAGACGGCUUCAGUGCAGUGGCUGGAGAGGACGCUGGAUGACAGCGCCAACAGGAGGAUCUCUCUGCCGGAGUCCUUCCUCACCGCUGACAUCAUCCUGAGCACUCUGCAGAACAUCACCGAAGGUCUGGUGGUCUACCCCAAAGUCAUAGAAAGGCACAUCCGCCAUGAGCUGCCCUUCAUGGCCACAGAGAACAUCAUCAUGGCCAUGGUGCAGGCCGGAGGCAACAGACAGGACUGCCAUGAGAAGAUUCGUGUCCUCUCCCAGGAGGCGGCUGCUGUGGUCAAGCAGGAGGGCGGCGACAACGACCUGCUGGCAAGAGUCCAGGCGGACCCUUACUUCGCUCCCAUUUUGGAACAACUGGACGCCCUGCUCGACCCCAAGACCUUUAUCGGACGUGCUCCCCAGCAGGUGGCCAGAUUCCUGUCAGAGGAGGUGCGCCCUCUGCUGGAGCCUUACAACUCCAAAAUGGAUGUCAAGAUGGAGCUUGAGCUCUAACACACUCGAACACACACAGGCCGUCUCAAGUACUUCCAUCAGUACACUUCAAUAUGUAUACUAUGUACACUAUGUACUUAUUUCCUGACUUACCGGAAACGGCGAUUGCAAUAUCCAACCGCUCAACUUAGUCCCGCCCCUGCCGCUAAGUAGACAAGAUAGUGAUGAUCAAAGGUGGUAAGGGUCCAAAGCUGCACACUCACCAUUUGGUGUUUUUAGUGCACUAACCAGGUACUGACAGCACACUCAGAAGUCUAAGUAUGGAAGUACAGUGCACAAAUUGAGAGAGAGCCACCAACCCUUAAAGUAGCAAUAUAGUGAAAAUAACUUUUUAACUGUAAUAGAAAACAUCAUGAAUUAGUUGUCUGUUGUGUUGAUGACUGUAACAACACAUUAUGUAAUAAUGUAAUACAUUUUUACCUCAUUAUUUCAUAAUCGAACACAUUAUGUAAUACACUUGUUUUUGCCAUACCUUUUUUCAUAAUGCGGGUGCUGCACUUUUAAAAAAAGUUAAAUUUAACAAUUUAGUCCAUUAUGUAAUAAAUCAUUAAAACACAUGCCUUAAUUAUGAAAACUGUCACAGCAAGGCCUAAAAUAUUUAGAUUUUCAUUACAUUUUUCACAAACAACAAUCAAUUUGGUCAUUGAUGGAAGAAAACUAAUGUUUCUGUUUCAUAUUUGCAUUAGAGGUUCUAUUCUUAGUAUCAUGUGUAGUAUAGUGUUAUCAUAACAUAAUCUAUAUUGCAUGAGUGUAUGCCCUUCAACAUUUUAGUGCAAUGGUCAUUCUCAUGUCUGUAAUAAAUCAUUAGUAUAACUUUUGUUUAUGGCUUGCAACCACAUUCUCCAUUAUAAUCAGUAAAGCUACAUUUGAUGUAUUUGAUCAAUGAAAUGUUCUAUUGGAGUCUUAAAAUCAAUUCUAAUAAUAAACAUUUUGUGUUUC